AUGGAUUGGCGAAAACUCUUUGGGUGUCAAGCUGGCCACGAACUCACAUAUUUUGCCCCAAAAUCAAGAGAUAAGACCCUAACUGUUCAACCUCCCCUUGAGGUCCUCGAGGCUGGUAUUGCUGAAUGGAAGUCUUCUCUGGUAGGUCAGUUCUUAGGAGCUGCUCCAAACUUAUUGUCUCUUCAGCGAGCAAUCGAGAAACUCUGGAACAAAGGUGCUCAUGUUCAGGUAAGCCUCGCUGGGAAUAAUCUUUAUAUUUUCUCCUUCAAUUCUGAUGAUGCUAGGGAUUGGGUUCUUAAGAAUGGCCAGUGGCACAUUUUCAAUAAACCUUUAAUUCUUCAAAAGUGGGAACCCAAUUUACAAAGACUGAAUUUUGAGCUCACUAGAUUGCCUUUAUGGUUUCACUUGUACAAUGUCCCAUUAGAUUUGUAUUCAAGGGAAGGCCUUAGUUAUAUAGCUAGUGCUCUAGGAGUUCCAUUAACAAUGGACUCAAUUAUUGCUUCUAAAACUAUGCUUGAAUAUGCAAAGGUCUGUAUUGAGGUAGGAGCUAAGGAAAACUUACCUGAAACAAUUGAUGUGAUUCUGGCUAAUGGCUUAACUACCACAAUCUAUGUGGAAGUUCCAUGGUACCCUAUCAGAUGUAGAAAAUGUAGUACUUUUGUCCAUUCUGAUAAAGAAUGUAUUAUCAAAAAUAAUUCAUCUCUUUCAAAUCCUAAAAUCUGGAGGAAAAAGACUUUUCUCAAUGAAAAGUCUGAUAAAAAACUGGAAAGUAUAGAAACUUUUCAAAACUCCCUGCCUGAAUCUUCUUCAUCAAAGAAUGGGGAUGUUUCUACUAACAAGGAUCCAAGAACAGAACCUGAAAACAUUCCUAACAUCCAAACAGAUCAAGCUUCUAAUCAAGAAUCUUCUAAAUCUCAUCCUAAUAUUUCAAAUGAGGGAAUCAUUCCAGAGUCACAAACCUUUCCUCUUGGUGAUGAUGUAGAUAUUGAUAUCUCUAAUCAAGCUCAAGAAUUUGUUCUUAAAAUUAAUGAAACUACUCCAACACCUAAAAGAGGAAGAGGUAGGCCUCUAAAGAUCAAAUUUAAAUAUGCUUUAAGAGGCUCUGCAAACAGAUUUGAUAUUCUGUCAACAUUUGAUCAGAAUUCUUCAGUAACUGAAAUUCCAGUAAAGAAAUCCAGACCUGCUACUGUUGGAGUUGCUAAAUUAAUCAAAGAUCUUAAGACAAAAAAGAAAGAACAAAUCUCAAAAGCUAAAUGGAGCUGGAAUGUCUUUACCAAUUAUGAAUCUGCUAUUAAUGGUAGAAUUUGGCUUCUGUGGAAAAAGGAUAUUGAUCUUUCCCUCUAUCUUUCAACUGAUCAAAGCAUUACUGUAAAAUGUCUCUUCAAUAACAUUCCUUUCAUUAUCACUACCAUCUAUGGGAGUAACAGUGGCACUUCUAGAAGAUUACUUUGGCAGCACCUUCAAGAUUUGGAUUCAAGGUUUGGAUCACUUCCUUGGAUUAUGGGAUGUGACUUCAAUACCUUUAUGCAUUACAAUGAAAGUUCUGACUCUCUUCUUCUAGGGCCUUAUUCUUCCUCUGAUAUGAUUGAUUUCAAGGAUUUGAUUCAAGAGCUUUCUCUUUUUGAUCACCCUUUCUUCGGCCCAACAUAUACUUGGAGCAAUAAACAAAAAGAUUCCUAUCUUGCAAGGAAAAUUGAUAGAUUGAUGAUUAAUCAUUCCUGGGCUUCUUUCUUUCAGAAUUCUUUUGUAGAAUUUACUUCUCCUGGCCCUUCGGAUCACUGUAUGGCUCUGGCAUGGAUAAAUAAAGAAGCUCAAAUCAAUAGGCCAAAACCCUUUAAAUUUUUCAACUUUUGGUCCAAACACCCUAAUUUUCUUGAAUAA